AAAAGACGACUUGGCAUCGUCCACCACAUCCGCGGCAACGCCUCCUUGGUGUCGUCCGCUUCCAAUAACCCAGCUUGCGUCCUGCACACUUGUGGCUUCCGUGCACACAUUAACAACUCAUGGUUCUAGCUCCCAGUCGCCAAGCGUUGCCAAGGCGUUGAGAGGUCAUCUGCGAAGUCUUUUACCCAGAAUUGCUUUGAUUCAGGCCAGCUGGUUUUUCCUGCGGUGAUUCGGAAAUUCGCGCCCUCCUCUGGUCCUCAUCCGGGUGCGCGCGAAGCAGGUGCCCAGGAGAGAGGGGAUAAUGAAGAUUCCAUGCUGAUGAUCCCAAAGAUUGAACCUGCAGACCAAGCGCAAAGUAGAAACUGAAAGUACACUGCUGGCCGAUCCUACGGAAGUUAUGGAAAAGGCAAAGCGCAGAGCCACGCCGUAGUGUGUGCCGCCCCCCUUGGGAUGGAUGAAACUGCAGUCGCGGCGUGGGUAAGAGGAACCAGCUGCAGAGAUCACCCUGCCCAACACAGACUCGGCAACUCCGCGGAAGACCAGGGUCCUGGGAGUGACUAUGGGCGGUGAGAGCUUGCUCCUGCUCCAGUUGCGGUCAUCAUGACUACGCCCGCCUCCCGCAGACCAUGUUCCAUGUUUCUUUUAGGUAUAUCUUUGGACUUCCUCCCCUGAUCCUUGUUCUGUUGCCAGUAGCAUCAUCUGAUUGUGAUAUUGAAGGUAAAGAUGGCAAACAAUAUGAGAGUGUUCUAAUGGUCAGCAUCGAUCAAUUAUUGGACAGCAUGAAAGAAAUUGGUAGCAAUUGCCUGAAUAAUGAAUUUAACUUUUUUAAAAGACAUAUCUGUGAUGCUAAUAAGGAAGGUAUGUUUUUAUUCCGUGCUGCUCGCAAGUUGAGGCAAUUUCUUAAAAUGAAUAGCACUGGUGAUUUUGAUCUCCACUUAUUAAAAGUUUCAGAAGGCACAACAAUACUGUUGAACUGCACUGGCCAGGUUAAAGGAAGAAAACCAGCUGCCCUGGGUGAAGCCCAACCAACAAAGAGUUUGGAAGAAAAUAAAUCUUUAAAGGAACAGAAAAAACUGAAUGACUUGUGUUUCCUAAAGAGACUACUACAAGAGAUAAAAACUUGUUGGAAUAAAAUUUUGAUGGGCACUAAAGAACACUGAAAAAUAUGGAGUGGCAAUAUAGAAACACGAACUUUAGCUGCAUCCUCCAAGAAUCUAUCUGCUUAUGCAGUUUUUCAGAGUGGAAUGCUUCCUAGAAGUUACUGAAUGCACCAUGGUCAAAACGGAUUAGGGCAUUUGAGAAAUGCAUAUUGUAUUACUAGAAGAUGAAUACAAACAAUGGAAACUGAAUGCUCCAGUCAACAAACUAUUUCUUAUAUAUGUGAACAUUUAUCAAUCAGUAUAAUUCUGUACUGAUUUUUGUAAGACAAUCCAUGUAAGGUAUCAGUUGCAAUAAUACUUUUCAAACCUGUUUAAAUAUUUCAAGACAUUUAAUCUAUGAAGUAUAUAAUGGUUUCAAAGAUUCAAAAUUGACAUUGCUUUACUGUCAAAAUAAUUUUAUGGUUCACUAUGAAUCUAUUAUACUGUAUUAAGAGUGAAAAUUGUCUUCUUCUGUGCUGGAGAUGUUUUAGAGUUAACAAUGAUAUAUGGAUAAUGCCCAUGAGAAUAAGAGAGUCAUAAACCUUAAGUAAGCAACAGCAUAACAAGGUCCAAGAUACCUAAAAGAGAUUUCAAGAGAUUUAAUUAAUCAUGAAUGUGUAACACAGUGCCUUCAAUAAAUGGUAUAGCAAAUGUUUUGACAUGAAAAAAGGACAAUUUCAAAAAAAAUAAAAUAAAAUAAAAAUAAAUUCACCUAGUCUAAGGAUGCUAAACCUUAGUACUGAGUUACAUUGUCAUUUAUAUAGAUUAUAACUUGUCUAAAUAAGUUUGCAAUUUGGGAGGUAUAUUUUUAAGAUAAUAAUAUAUGUUUACCUUUUAAUUAAUGAAAUAUGUGUAUUUAAUUUUGACACUAUAUCUGUAUAUAAAAUAUUUUCAUACAGCAUUACAAAUUGCUUACUUUGGAUAACAUUUCUCCUUUGAUAAAAUAAAUGAGCUAUGUACUAACACUGCCAGAUUCAGUUAAUAAAUCUCAACAGAAUUUUUAAGAUGAGAUUUUUAAUACUUCACUGCUCUUUAAUUUUCUACUUUCAUUGAAUAUAUGACCUUUAAUAGCCUAUUACCAACAAGGAAUAUGAGACAUUACCUUCUAUGUUAAAUUUUAGUCUUUUAAAAGAAACUUGUCUGGAAAUGUCUGCAGUCUUCAUUCACUGAUAAAGGGAAAUGGAAACACUAUUCUAAGCAGGCCAGAAUCUACAAAUAGCUGUCAGUUUGCAUUGCACUGAACUCACAUCCUUCAUGCUCUUUCUCAGCCUCAUCACCAUCUAGUUAUGUGCUGAUGGGCUUUAUUUGAUCUACAGAAGAUGCUCUGGUGACACCCUCAGUGUGUGUUGGUAACACCUUCCUGCCUUCUCUCACUUUCCUUGACCCAUAUGACAUUUCACCUUCACUGGUGCGAUAGCUGUAUAGAAUUGUAUACACUUCCAUACAAUUUACUGAACUGCCCCAUUAACAGGACUUUGAGUCAAGUAUUUUUUUCUGUUUGGUUAUCACUGUUAACUCCAGAAAGAUGAGUUGACUGACAUUUUUUAGAAGCAAAUGACUCUUCACCAAGCUUUCUUUCUUCAGAUGGACUUUUCUAAGUAGGUUAUGCUCCUUCCAUCAUAAAACAUGGUCAACCAUGUGGUACACCUCUACCCUGAUUACUGGAGAUAUUGGUAAACCAUUAGUUAGAGAAAUGAGGGAAUUUACAUUUCUAAAGGUAAACUCUUGAAACUGUCCUUGAAAAUGUUUCCUUCAAGGCUAUCUAUAAUGUUCCCUAACAGUGUUAAAAAAUAUAUUCUCUCUGAUGUUGUGGUAAAAUAAGGGUCAAUAUUUUUUAAAUGCUUGUUUAAAAAUGCUAUUAAAAUUUUCUUCCUUGGUUUC